AUGCAGAAUUAUGUGUAUGACAUAGAUUCGAUCAGGGGACUUAAUCUUUCCUUAAAGGUGCCAUUGAGUCUCUUCGCAUACAUGGUGGAUGAGAUUUACAAAUUCACACUCUCCUAUUAAAGUGCCUUUUCACUCCAAUCAAUGCUUCAGAUAUUUUAACGUGAGUCUGUACCCUUAGACACUUCAGAGUCGGAAUUCUGCAUCAAUAGUUAUGUGUACUUGAUUAGAUUUGUGCAAAAGAAUAAUAUCUCUGCAGAUCAUUUGAGUAAAUGGUUGAAGGAGAACACUCUUGUUUAAGAUGAUCAUAGGGAAUACCUAAUCAAAGUUCUGUCUGGCUUUGAUCCAGAGACAGUCAAGAAAGUAUUGAGUCUAGGCAAGUUGAAAGAGUUGAAAUGGACAGUCAAUUAAUACAAUGGAGAUGUCAAAUACCCUAAUUUGAAAAAGCUGUAUAUUUUAUUAGAGUUCCAUAUCCAAGAUGAAAAGGGCAACCUACAAAAACAAAUUAUUAAUCUAACAAUCCAAGAAUUCAAAAUGCUACAAAUGGAAUUCAAGGAAAUUGGUGAUAUUUUGAGAAGUUUUAUGUGAUAUUUAUGUGAUAUUUUUACACUCAUUAUGG